UUGGCGUGUAAAGUCCAAAGUCCAAAAGGUGGGCGCGCUAAGCAGGUUAAAAACAAACCGCAGGUAGAGGAGUCUGGGUUGAGCUUCUGUGUCUCACUGUUGAGUUUGUGGCGGGCCUCAAAGUCGUCCAGCUCUGCGACAUGUCUGAAGUCAGCAGCCAGUUGCCUCUAGACCCGAUCUCUGCAGUUGGAGUGGUCUCUUCACUCAGCAAGGUCCCUGAUGACUACUACGUUGUUGCACAAACAACAGAUGGCUCUGACGCCGACCUGUGGAAGGACGGCUUAUUCAAAUCCAAGGUCACUCGCUACCUCUGUUUCACCAGAAAAACUGGGCCAGAUGUUGUCGUGGACAUGAAGCUGGCUGAUAUUAAAGACGCUCUGCCACGGUUGUUCACACCUGUGCAAGAAACAAUGGACACAAAGGAAGCUGCCAUGAGGAAGAGGAGGCUCCUCGUGAAAAUGAGCCCUCGUGAGGAUGUGAAGACAGCUGUGUAUGACAUCCAGAUCAGUGGAAAGUCCAAGAACCAUCUUGUUAACUACACCUGUGUGGGUGAAAUAAACAAUAUGGGAAUAUGGUAUCGGAUGGGAGAUGUUCGUCAGCAUCAGUUGCCACGAGACACGCCGAGCAGGAUUGAAAGCGACGGCCCGCUCGGCGCAGCGAGCUCGAGGAACACAAACAAGAUUUACUCUGGGCACCACAUCAGUGGACACUACACCACGACAGCUCUGGAUGAUGUGCCCUUUGUGAUCUCUGAGAAGUUUUUGCAAAAGCCCAAAAAGAUGCAGCAAGUCAAUUUAAUGGGCAUUACGAUCAAAUCCCUGGCAGACAUCGAGGAGGAAUUUCAGUACAACUUCAGCACAGAGAGAAGUAUUGCUCUGUAACUUCUCGCCCGGCCUCCUCUCAGCUGACAGAACCGCAGCGACUGAAAGAGGACAGAUGGACAAAAAGGGGACUAUUUAUGAAAACAAUGAACUAUCAA